AUGCAAAAGUAUGUGGAUGUCAAGUUCGACGGGGACGUGAUCACUGUCACCAUGGUUGACCAGAUGCUAGAUGUAAAGUGGAGGAGUUGGCAGCUGACAUAUACGGGAGGUUAUUUUGCGGAUGCAGAGAAAGCACUCCGUUAUGGCUAUUGGCUUCACAAUCUGAUGAAACUUAUGCAACACAAUACACGAUUCAUACUCGGGACCGAAAAGUCUCCAAUCUACAUGUACGAUCUGACGGCCAACGAUUCAACAGUGGACCGAUCGAAGGAAAACGAAGACCGAAGCGAGGCCCCAUUGAAUAAAUUGGCGCAUGAUGAGAUCGUAAGUCAGCUGAGAAACGACGGUAACGAUCGUGUCAAGAACAGUGUGAUAGCCGAAAUUCAGAACGGUGCAAUCAAACUCACAGUGAGCGCAAACGGGAUAAGUCAACGUUGGUCACAAUGGAAACGUGAACAGGCGAGACAGUAUACCGAUGAGGCGGAAGAAAAACGACGUUACGGUUGCUGGAUAAAUCAAUUUUUGGUUGCAUUAGAAACUGAAUUGGAAUACUAUUUAUUAUUGUCUAAUUAUGCAAAAUCGUUGAAUCAGUUCUCUGAUUUCGGCCCAAACGAUCAUCCGAUCGGAUGUGUGGUUGGUUGUGAAGCUGAUCUCGGGGAGCAAGCAGUGUCAAUUGUCGGAUGA